AUGAACCUUUCUCCUUUAUUACAGGAAGAACAGCCUUUAUCGGCAGUCGAGAAUAUACAACUACAUGUAUUCGUUGAUGCAAGCUUGGUUGCGUUUGCCUGCGUAGCCUAUCUGCGGGCCGAAGUAGCGGGACAACUGCAGUGUACAUUAAUAUGCGCGAAGGCGAAGGUAGCCCCACUCAAAUUGACGUCGGUACCGCGACUGGAACUUCAAGCAGCACUGCUAGGAGCGCGAAUAAUGGAGGACAUCUGUAACACUCAUACUCUACCAAUCGCGAAGAGGUAUAUGUGGACUGAUUCGAAAACCGUUAUGGGCUGGAUCAAUUCUGAUCAACGCAGAUAUACGCAAUACGUCGCUUUCCGUAUCGGGGAGAUCUUGGAGAAAACGAGUAGAGCUGAAUGGCAUUGGCUUCCGUCGGAUUUGAACGCUUCAGACGAUGCUACGAAGUGGAAGGGGCAACCCGAUUUGAAUCCAAACGGCCGUUGGUUUGGAGAACCUGAGCUCUUGCAUAUGGAUGAGGCGUACUGGCCGUCAUCUCAGGGUGUAAACUACGAUACGAUCGAGGAGCAGCGCCCUAACCUGGUAAUCGAGCACGAAGUGAAUCGUUCGGUGUUCGACUGGGAGAGGUUUUCGAAAUGGCAACGUCUCACCAGAGCUAUCGGAUAUGUCGGUCGAUUCCUUGGGAAUCUGAAAGCGAAGAUACGGCGGGUUCCUGCUACACACGGACCACUAUCGAGAGAAGAAUUGGAAAUGGCGGAAACGUGGAUAUUUCGUGCCAUCCAGAAAGAGGUUUACUUGAAGGAAGUGGUCUUACUUUCGAAGCUUGACAUUGUGAAAAAGGGUGUUAAAUUAGGCGGUGGCAGUAAACUCUACAGACUCUCUCCGUUCCUGGACGAAAAGGGAAUUAUGCGCAUGGAAAGCCGAAUAAGCUUGGCGGCGUUUGCGUCGUACGAUACUAGGAACCCUAUCAUACUUCCUCGGAAUCACCAUGUUACAACCCUCAUCGUCAUGUGGUAUCAUCAUAAAUUCCUGCAUGGGAGCAGAGAAACGGUCAUCAACGAAUUGAGGCAACGCUUCCAUGUCUCUUACCUGCGCACCGUAGUUCGCAGUGUAACCGGAAAGUGUGCUGAAUGUAAAAUCCGUAAUGCUGUCCCCAGGGUACCGCUGCCGAGAGCCAGACUUGGAGCCUUCUUCCGACCAUUUUCGUUCACGGGUCUGGACUAUUUUGGUCCCAUAACCAUUCGAGUGGGCCGAUGCAAUGUGAAACGUUGGGUAGCGUUAUUCACGUGCCUAUCUAUCCGCGCAGUGCACUUAGAAGUCGUGCAUUCAUUGUCAACGGAAUCCUGCAAGAUGGCGAUUCGCCGGUUCGUGGCCAGACGAGGCUCUCCUUCCGAGAUCUAUAGCGAUGAUGCGACGAACUUCGUGGGUGCAAGCAACGAACUCCGAGACGAAAUCAAAGUCAUGAACGCAUCCUUAGCCGAGACUUUCACGAAUGCUACUACGAAAUGGAUGUUUGUUCCACCGUCUACUCCGCACAUGGGCGGCGCCUGGGAAAGGAUGGUGCGCUCCGUCAAAUCGGCUUUCUACGCAAUGUCAACUACGAAGCUCCCUACGGAAGAGAUAUUCGGUACAGUACUGGUAGAGGCGGAAGGUAUCGUUAACUCUAGGCCUCUAACGUUUCUUCCGUUGGACAAGGCUAAUCAGGAAGCCCUAACUCCCAACCACUUCCUUCUUAGUAGUUCCAGCGGGGUGGCACAGCCGCCGAGGAGACUGGUUGAGUCGGAUAGCGUGAAGCCGGUUAAGAAAGGUGACUUAGUAAUCAUCGUUGACGACGGACGCCGCAACGGGUGGACACGUGGAAAGAUUCUGGAGGUCCAACGAGGACACGAUGGGCGCGUGCGUCAAGCGUGGGUGCAGACUUCGUCUGGCGUUCUUCGAAGACCGGUGGCGAAAUUGGCGGUGCUGGAGGUGAACUCUGGUAAAACUGAUCCUGAGGACCUGGACCAGUGUUACGGCCCGGGGAAUGUUUCGGUGAAUAAAUCUGACCUCACUGGUUCACUGACUUCACAAUUACAGGCAACCCUGCCAAAUGACAGCGACGUGUAA